AUGGGGCUGGCCCAGAGCAGACAGCAGCGGGACCACCGAGGAGGUCCUCAGGCCCAGGAGGGCCAGGCUUUGCUCCUCCCAGAAGUCCGGGGAUGGCCAGCCCAGCCUCUUGUGAUGCCGCUGGCAUUUAAUACCCACCCCGAUUUGAGCAGAGGGGUCCCGGGUGAACCAGCCAUGGAAUGGUCGGUCACCCCCACUGGUGCCGGGCUGGGCUCUGGCAGCACGGCCCAUGGGAGAGCAGGCCGCCAGGUGCGACUGGGCACACAACACCCAGAACUAUCCAGAGCCAUCCGUGGGCCCUACGUUGUCCCCAUGGUCUAUUUGAGCCCCUCACAGCUCCAGAAGGUAGGGGCCUGCGAGGUGGGGGACUGGCAGGGUCAGUUCCAGGAGGAUGGAUUCCUGGUUCUGGAAGGAUUCCUGUCUGCAGACGAAUGUGUGACCAUGCAGGAAAGAAUUAGCGAGAUAGUGGCCAAGAUGGAUGUUCCUCUCCAUUGCCAGACAGAAUUUUCCACCCAGGAAGAGGAGCAGCUCAAAGCCCAGGGCAGCACAGACUAUUUCUUGAGCAGCGGUGACAAGAUUCGAUUCUUCUUUGAGAAAGGUGUUUUUGACAAGGAAGGCAAUUUCCUGGUCCCUCCAGAGAAGUCCAUCAACAAAAUUGGCCAUGCUCUACAUGCCCUUGACCCAGUCUUCAGGUGUGUCACACACUCCCCCAAGGUGCAGGCCUUGGCCAGGAGUCUUGGCCUCCAGAUGCCCGUGGUGGUGCAGAGUAUGUACAUCUUCAAGCAACCUCACUUUGGCGGUGAAGUCACCCCUCAUCAGGAUGCCUCCUUCCUGUACACGGAGCCCCUAGGCCGGGUGCUGGGCAUGUGGAUCGCGCUGGAGGAUGCUACACUGGAGAACGGCUGCCUCUGGUUCAUCCCCGGCUCGCAUACCAGUGGAGUGUCAAGAAGGAUGGUCCGGGCUCCUGCUGGCUCAGCACCUGGCACCAGCUUCCUUGGGUCAGAGCCAGCCCGGGAGAACAGCCUCUUUGUGCCCACACCUGUGCGGAGAGGGGCCCUCGUCCUAAUCCAUGGAGAAGUGGUACACAAGAGUGAACAGAACCUCUCUGACCAUUCACGCCAGGCCUACACUUUCCACCUCAUGGAGGCCUCUGGCACUGUCUGGAGCCCGGAGAACUGGCUCCAGCCAACAGCUGAGCUGCCCUUUCCACCACUGUACACCUGAUGGUCCUCAGCAGGACUGGGGCACUGCCCCUCCCAGGGGAGGCUGCAAACAGUGACAGCAUGCCAGGCUGCCUCUCCUGACCUCCCGGCUGCAAUGGCGAAGUCGAUUCUUUCCUGGGCUUUCCUCUGCUAGUGUCUGUUCCCUGAGCCCAGCAGGCAGCAGGCAAGAGGUGAGGGUGGCAGGAGCAGCAGGGGCUAGAUGUGAGGCGUCCCCAAGAUCUUGUCUCCCUGCCCUCUCCCUGCCCCAACAUAUCCUCCUCCUCGAGGUGGCCUCUCAGCAUGAAAGUGCUCUGGCCACCUCUCUGCUGGCUUAUCUUCUGUCCUCUGAGGUGCAACUCUGAUUUGUACUGUAUGAGACACUAAAUAAAAACAACUUCCAAAUGCGGA